AUACACGCCCGGAGCCCAGGAGCGCGCAGGAUCCCGAGCGCCGCGAAAAAGUUCCCCUGGCUUUUGCUCGAGACUCAUCGCUUUGGGAAGUGCAUUUGCUUCGUGGCUCCGCCGAGCCUGCUGAAUCCUGUCCUCGCGGCUCGGGACUCCGGGAUCGCUGGCCGCUGCCGCCGCCGCCUCCUCUGUCUCCCGGACUGUCGGCAGCCUCGGCAACAAUAGUGGCGGCCGCCCCCAGCGAGGCUCCGGGAGCCCUUGCCUGCGGGGGUCCAGGGACUCGAGCCGGCCUCCGCCCCCCGGACGCACAGCCAGCGUGGUCCCCGCGUGCAACGCGAGCGCCGGGGAGUGGCUCCUGCUUUGCCCCUCGUGGGGGCCGAGCCAAGACCAGUCUGCAAACUCCAUCCCGCCGGCUGGAAGAAGUCGCGGAGCCGGCGCCAAACCCGCAGCGUCUUCCCGCGCGGAUCCCGGGACUUAAAAAGCCGGGGCCACCCCGGCCCAGGACGGGAUGCGGGUCGGUCCGGUGCGCUCUGCCAUGAGCGGCGCCUCGCAGCCCCGCGGCCCGGCCCUGCUGUUCCCAGCCACCCGAGGCGUCCCGGCCAAACGCCUGCUGGACGCCGACGACGCGGCGGCUGUGGCGGCCAAGUGCCCGCGCCUCUCCGAGUGCUCCAGCCCCCCGGACUACCUCAGCCCCCCCGGCUCGCCCUGCAGCCCGCAGCCCCCGCCUGCUGCUCCGGGGGCCGGCGGAGGCUCCGGGAGCGCGCCGGGGCCCAGCCGCAUCGCCGACUACCUGCUGCUGCCCCUAGCCGAGCGCGAGCAUGUGUCCCGGGCGCUGUGCAUCCACACUGGACGCGAGCUGCGCUGCAAGGUAGGCGCUCCCGGGCCAGGACCCGGCUGGGGUCGGGGGCGCGGGACGGGGUGGUAGGCAAAGGUGCUUGGGGUCCGGCCAACGCUUGGGCUGGGCACAGGGCGGAUCAGUAGAUUGGGUCAGAUAAGACGCCAUUUGACCAGGUUCACGUUUUUGUGGAUCGAGGGGUUUCCCAUGGAGUGAUACAAUGGGGGCGCCUAGAGGAAGUGCAGUGUUCAGUGGCUUUCUCUAUCUGUUCCUUUCCUCAGCGCCCAGUGUAGCGCGUGGCGUUCCAUAUAAGUUGUGGAAUUGAAAUGGAUUCCAGGGCCAUGCCAUUCCCCUUCUCUCAUUCUCCUCGCUCUCCACCCCCCCUCCCCCGCCAAUGUCCUGCCUGGAAGGACGCCCUUUAGUGGGUGCCUCCUAGGAGCUUGGAGCAGCUGGCAGCUCUCUUGCCGGGCUUGCACGGCACCCGGGCUCAGUUGUAGGUGGUAAGGGGGCUGGAAGACUGUGUCCGGCUCCUGCCUUGGGGAUUCCGAAUUGAAUCCGCGCUGAGACUAGAACACGCCCUCCCAAGGGAGCAGUCCCAGAGUCAUCCACCCGAGGCGGAGGAAUCUGCUCGGAGUAGAAAUGUUGAAAAGCCCACACCGGCCAGGAACCCUCGCUUCGAUUCACUUUAUUUUCCAGCCAGCGAUUUUCCUUUGAACAUAGGGAUCCCAUCCAGGAGGAGGAGACACAGCUCCUAGAAACAGGAUACGCCGGGUCCUCCUCCUGCGCGGGUAGACGCAGAACGUUCCCACAGUCUACUUUAUGCGAGCAUGGCACCCCUGCUUGAGGCACCCCGGAGCACCCUCGGGCCGCUCCUUUUCAUCCGAAAGAUAGGAUCACCCCCCAGUGUUUCCCAUUAAACACUACCAGGACAAAAUCAGGCCUUACAUCCAGCUGCCAUCGCACAGCAACAUUACUGGCAUUGUGGAAGUGAUCCUUGGGGAAACCAAGGCCUACGUCUUCUUUGAGAAGGACUUUGGGGACAUGCACUCCUAUGUGAGAAGCCGGAAGAGGCUGCGGGAAGAGGAAGCCGCCCGGCUCUUCAAGCAGAUUGUCUCCGCCGUCGCCCACUGCCACCAGUCAGCCAUCGUGCUGGGGGACCUGAAGCUUAGGAAGUUCGUCUUCUCCACGGAGGAGAGAACCCAGCUUAGACUAGAAAGUCUAGAAGACACACACAUAAUCAAGGGGGAAGAUGAUGCUUUGUCAGACAAACAUGGCUGCCCAGCCUACGUGAGCCCUGAGAUCCUCAACACCACUGGGACGUACUCCGGAAGGGCUGCGGACGUUUGGAGCCUGGGGGUGAUGCUCUACACCCUUCUGGUUGGACGAUACCCCUUCCAUGACUCAGACCCCAGUGCCCUUUUCUCCAAAAUUCGGCGUGGACAGUUCUGCAUUCCUGAACACAUUUCCCCCAAAGCCAGGUGCCUCAUUCGCAGCCUCUUGAGACGGGAGCCCUCCGAGAGACUCACUGCCCCCGAGAUCCUACUGCACCCCUGGUUUGAGUCCGUCUUGGAACCCGGGUACAUCGACUCAGAAAUAGGAACUUCAGACCAGAUUGUUCCAGAGUACCAGGAGGACAGUGACAUUAGUUCCUUCUUCUGCUAAUCCCCAAAACCUCAGAAACCUCAUAGUUCUUAACACCUGGCAUUUCCAUUUCUAAAGAUGGACAGGCCCUUUGGCGUGGUACCAACCAGAUAAUGACUGCAUCAGGAUGAAAGCUGCUGAACUCGGCAUGGCGCCGCCUCUUCUCUGUUGGGAUGAGUGACUUUGUUGAUUUGAGCAGCAUAUGCUGUGAUUGGCUGCCCUGCAAGUUUGUUUCCCUUAAGGAACCCUCACCAACUAUCUCUGCUGGAUUUGGGAGUUCCGCAUCUUUUAUGGAGGGCAGAGUAUGGACAUCUUACACCCGGUGGUCAAGUGUGUAAUAAACUUGAGCAUUCGAAUGGGAGAAAAAGCAAAUCGCACAGUGACAUAUUUUGAGUAAUAACCGUAUUUUUCACAGGGUGACAAAUUGGGCCAAUAAAUCUGCCAUCUUUGAACUCAUCUUUGGUGGCUAGACAUGCUACCGCAGCUUCUCUGAUGGGAAAGUUCCUUUUUUGGCUUAACACUCACCCUUUCUUCACACUCACAUUUACCAAUGACUCUGCUCCGUUUUUGGAGCAGGCUGUUUUAAGUUGCUCAGGAGCCUGACGGAACCAUGAACCCAGACUCUUCUCUGUUUCCUGCCAAGACCUCAUCUGCACUAAUGCCUUCUCCCUGACCUUGACACUUCCCCCUUUAGCUAUAAAAGCACUUACCAGCUGAACGUGGGACAGUAUCACAAAAGAUUCCAUCUCCCAACGAUUUCAGAACUCUGAGCUCAGACAGAGAGACUCCAGAUUUUAAAAAAUAAUUUGAGUGCUUGGAAACUAUUAGCUUUUUAAGUUCCUUCCAAAUAUGUUAGUACCUACCCUUUACUUUUUCCCCAAGACCAUCUCAGGGUGGAGCAUUCUGUCUAAGAGAAGAAAGAUAAGGAGGCUCCCACCCACCUCUCCCAAGAGCAGACAUUAAACAUCUUUGUGCUUUGAAGAGAGUGAAUUUUGGAUAGUCUUGUGAUUCUCAGACUAACUUCCAGAAUUAUACUUUAACCCCUCCCAGAUAUGGUCCGCCUCUGGCAUUGUGUGUACAUCUGCAGUUUUGCAUGGUGGGUUGUUAAUAUUUCAAAUGUGUGGUUUAUGAAUACGUCUGUAUAAUCGGCUUCUGGAGUGAAACAGCAAACCCCAAAUCUUCAAAGUUGGAAGGAACUUUAAAAAUCAUCCGGUCCAAUCUCUUUCCUCUUUCUGCCACCUCCCAAGGCAGAAAUCCCCUCUUCAGCUUCUUUUGUAGGUGGGAAUCCAGCCUCUGUUAGAUAUGUCCAGAGAUGGAAACUCACUCCCCUACAAAAGAUAGAGCUUAAUGGAGAAAUUGCAACUUUCAUUAAAAAACAAGUUCAGAUGAAAUAUCAGUAACUGUCUUGGACGGUGCUGAAAUCAGGUGGUUAAACGGGUAAACAAAAUAUACUGUAUUUUGAGAAAUGGCACAAAAACAGGCAGUCAUCUUUAAGGGCUACGCCUAGGCAAACUACUAACAUGCAUUGUGAGAAUGCCGUGUAUACCUCACGUACUGUGUACUUUGUACAUAUAUUUUACCUUUUAUACCUAUGUUCGAUUUUGUUUUGUUUUGUUUUGUUCUGGCUUUGAGGCUUGUUUUGUUGUCUGUGUCUGUCUGAAUAACCUGCGUGUCUAAAACCACGUGAAAUGUGAAUGAUUAUUGGCAAUAUUACCUUGACAGAAUCAUGGGACUUUGAGAAGAGGGAGGACAGAGGCCUCUGUCGCACUAACGCUCUCGUGGUUGCUCGACUGUUGUAUCUGUGAUACAUUAUCCGACUAAGGACUCUGGGCUGGCAGGGCCUUCUGCCGGGAAAGCUAGAAACACUAGGUUCUUCCUGUACAUACGUGUAUAUAUGUGAACAGUGAGAUGGCCGUUUCUGACUUGUAGAGAAAUUUUAAUAAACCUGGUUUCGUAAA